GCGUUCCAGCGACAACGCGUUGUGCAAACAGCAGGCGUUAAGCGAGUACUUACCGUACUUGGCAUGUGGUAGAAGAAGAUUUAAACGGCAUUGAAUUACCUAUGCCUUAUUAUUCCUACGAAUUAAUUGUUAAUUGUUCCAAUAAUCCGCUAAUCCUGUAAAAUACAUGAACAAUAAAACAAUAACAACAGAAGUGACCAUUUGGCGUCGAGAGUGGACAGUGGGGGGAGAAAAAUGAACGCACAAAGAGGGGAUCCAUAAACAGCCCGGGGUCAUCCCCCCCGCCACUCGGCCAAUGCAAUGUAAAUCAGGCCUGGUUUGUCUGUCCCAACGUGCAGGGCACUUUCGUCUACUUCAUGAUCAAUGCACUGUGGCUGGUGGCGACCCUGGCACUGCAGUUCGUGGGAGCCGACCUCUACAUCCAGAUCCCGAGCACGAAGAACGAGGGCACGGUCAUCGACGUGCUGCCCCUCGCCUUCAUGUUCCUCAUCACCUUCUCCAGCAUGCUCAUUGUCCAGUUCCUGGCCAUGCUGUACCACAGGUUGUUCACGCUGCUGCACGUGCUCUCCUACGUGGAGUCGUCGUCGUCGGGCCAGCAGUCAAAGAGGGGUGCUGUUGGUCGAGACAACAAAGCAUUCGUCAACGAUGGAGACGACGAUGACGCUCAGCAGCGCAGUCUCAGAGAGAUUGUCUUACAGAUCCCUGGACCCCCUCCUCACACGCCGCACGUGGGUCCCCUCCCCGCACACAGCACAUGGACCCCUUCCAUUCACGGCGCACCUGGACCCCCUCCUCACAAGCCGCAAGUGGCCCCCCUCCAUGCACGCUGCUCGUGGACCCCCUCCUCGCACGCUGCUCGUGGACCCCCUCCUCGCACGCUGCUCGUGGACCCCCUCCUCGCACGCUGCUCGUGGACCCCCUACUCGCACGCAGCACGUGAAUCCCUUCCUCGCAUCCUCGCACGCUGCACGUGGACCCCUUACUCGCAUGUCAUACGUGGACCCUUGCACGUCGUGGUUUAUAAAUGACGGUGCGGUCAGUAAAGGUGCAGCCCUGCAAGAUGCUUCCCCUGUUGGAAGAGGUGGGAGUUACCCACGCUUUACCCCACCACCGCAUGCGACCUGCCGAUCGACCAACUGUGCUGUAUCCAUUUACGCAGCUGGGUGGCAGAGGCAGCGAGAUUUAAGAAGCUUGCAGCGUCGCUCCAAAUGCCAGGCCUAAGGAUCGACCUCUAGAUCGCAAGUGUGGUGACGAGUUAAUUGCAGCAGGGCAGCCUCUCAUUACAAUGGAAUGCAGUCAAAAGGGCUGCUGUACAACAACGGUGGACAUCACUUGUGAUAUCAUCGGCUAAAGUAAAUGUAGGGGCUUUGAAGCUGCUCCUGGCCACGGACAGAUAAGUCGCUUCUAUGUAGCAGUGGUCAGAUGAAGGAAACGUCCUGUUGUUGUUUGUAUGUUCAAUUUAUUUUGCACUGCACUUAGCCAACCAUGCUAUCGUGGAUGUAAACAUCACCCACACAUAGACUAUCCCAUUAACCAUAGAAGUUGAUCAAAUCACAUUUUUACGCCUGAUUAAUUUAGAGGUCGAGCGACCC